AUGGGCGGCUGUGGUUGUGGAAGUUGUGGCGGCUGCGGUGGCGGCUGUGGCAGCUGCACCACGGGCAGACGCUACCGGGUCGGCUGCGGCACCAGCUGCUGCCCCUGCUGCUACGGCUGCUGUGGGGGCUGCUGCAGCGUCCCCGGGGGCUGCUGCAGCGUCCCCGUGGUCUGCUGCCCCUGCUGCUACGGCUGCUGUGGGGGCUGCUGCAGCGUCCCCGUCACCUGUAGCUGCAACUCAUAUGGCUGCGGCUGUGGGAAGGGCUGUUGCCAGCAGAAGAGCUGUUGCAAGCAGAAGAGCUGCUGCCAGCAGAAGAGCUGCUGCAAGAAGCAAUGUUGCUGCUAG